GUAAUAUAUGCAACAAGUUGAAAAAAUAUACAGUAGCACUAGAAUGCUAGUUACACAUUGCAACCAAGAUUGUCUUAAUUUUUUCCAACCUCUACCAUAAAAGUUUGACAACAAAUAAAAGCCAUUUGGUUGCAAUUGUGGAUUGUUUCGAUAAACUCAAGAUAUCUGUCGCGAUAUUUUGCAGUAUUGGCAACACUGACAGGAUAUGGAUUCAAACACACAAAGGACAUCGCAGAUAUAGGAACAUUUAUUGCAAGCCAUAACUAUUCAGGUGGGACCCACAUAUUACUAGAAUUUAUUGGAAGCAGGUGGAGUCAUAAAUUCUGGUCUAUUGAAUGAAUUUGAAAUUCACAUGUGAAGACCAUUGAGUGGUUACAAACAAGAUGAAGAAUUUCUUAUAUCAUGGAUUUAGACCACAGAGUAUGACCUAAUUUUACAAGUUAAGCCUCUCUGCACAACGUUUGCAAAAAAAGAAUAAAAUGGCAAUGAAAAUAUUAAUCCUGUGGUCAGUGACAUUGGCAAUACUCUAUCAGGAUCUUCAUGCAGACACUCAUCUUAUUGUGACUCAGCUGAACAAUACUCAUCUAAACAGUACUAAACUUAACAGUUUUAAAACUAAUGGUGCUAAUCCUAGCAGUGCUUUGGGUAGCAGUACUCAACUUAACAAUACUCAAACAAGCAGUGCCAAAAUUAAUGUUACUCAAGUAAAUAAUCAUGAGCAAGAUGAUAUCGAGGACACUGGUGAAUGUGGUUCACCUAUUGAUCUGUAUAGGAACUGUGUUGUGAAUACAUGCAGUGGAAGAUGUGGGGAUAGAGCUAAUUACUCCAUCGCUGGCAGUUUAUGCUCUUGUGACAAUGCUUGCACUAUUUAUGGAGAUUGUUGCAAAGACUUCAAAUCAAAAUGUAGCAAUUUUAGCCAAGGUGACUUUGUUCAAUUGAAACCGACUGAUUUUACAUGCAAGAAGCAUGCUCCUGACAAGUAUGUCUUUAUGAGAGUAACCUGUAAGCCGAGCUACAGCAAUGAGGCUGUCAUCAAGGAGUGUUACAUGAAUUCAGGAUUUGAAGGCAUGAUACCAGUUUCAGAUCCUAACACCAAGAUUGUAUAUUCCAAUUACUUCUGCGCCCUGUGUAAUGAUGCGACAAAUGUCAUUCCUUGGGAGCUGACAGUUAUGUGCAACAAAGGUGGACUCCCAGGCAAUGACAUCAUAUGGAGUGAACUCAUACAAUCAUUUCUUGACUCUAAUGUUCUUCUGAGGAGAUGUGAUGCAUACACUCAAGCACCAAUAUCCCUCGAAGAAACAUCUCCAGUCAAAUGUGCUCCUGUUGUUUCAAAAUGUUCUUGGAGUUGUAGAGAUCCUCACAUCAUAAAGCUCUGCAAGGAUGGAGAAUAUGACCCGCAAUAUGACCAAUCUAGACUUGUUCGAAACAAAUAUUGCUUACAGUGUCUGAAUAAAGAAGUGCGAGCCAGAUGUCCAGUUGCAGAUAUAAAGACGGAAAAACCAUCCAUAUAUAUGUUUUCUUACACUCUUCUGUUAAAUGUAAAGAGAGAGGCCGUACUUAAUUUAAAACUUGAAUCAGGAUUUGGUAUUAACAAGAUCAACACAGAAGCGGAGAUUGAUCAUGGUGAAGUACGUUUGACAACUUGUGGUGCACCAUUUGUUUUACUUAACGGAAAAUGCGAACUGAAUGGAAUGUACAUUGCUAUAAUGUGUGACUUUGACAUAGACUCAUCAAAUGUCACAUAUAUGGCGCUGACUCAAGAUCAGGAAAUUAACAUUACUGGGAAAAUCAGAGAAAUAUAUGAUGCUAUUGGACUGGUUGGAUUAGAUUAUCAUGUAAGUGACAUGAAAUUAAGGUUGAAAUGGUUUGUCAGUAUGCCCUUUGACACUGACAUGUGGAGAUCGGUACAUUUAGAAUAUGAGAAAACCUUGUUGAAUUAUCUGAAAAUAAUCCUCCCGAAUAUACUGUCAAAUGAAUGUAUAUAUACCAAGAGCAAUGCUGGGAGCAAGGUUAUUCCAAGAACCAACCAAACAAUCAAUGUAUCAAGCGAUAAUAGUACAUCUGGACUGAAUAACCAAAAGACAAUCAAAAGCAGCAGCUCUAUGGUUGAAAAGAAGUCAUCACCACAAUUUAUAAUUCUACUACUGACAAUAUGCAUUGCAUGGACCUUGUAACAAUUUUUCAUAUAUGCUGAUUUAAAGUUCUGGUGUGUGUUCAAAGGACAAUUGCAAUGAUUAUUGACAUGAUUAUUUCAUUUUCCAUAUCUAGUAAAAACCUGUUUAAGAGGAACACCUUUGACCUAGAGGUUUAUUUAACAUUAAGUCAGUUGGCCUUGGGACUGAUGUGUUCCACUAACAGAAGAAGUGUUCCGCAUCUAGAGGUAUUCCACUUUACAGGUUUUUAGAAUAUGAGUUGACUUGGGGUUGAGAUGACCAGGAAGCUCACUCUAUACCUUUCACUGCAAAAGCAUUGACUCAAGUCUAAGUCUGAAAUGACUUUUCAGUGAUUGGCUGUAUUAUAAAUGAUUAUUGAAAAAUAAAUAUUGAGUACUUAUAAAAAUAAAUAGUACUGUGGGUACUGG